UACUUUCUAUUGAUAAUGGGGAGCAGAAUCCCCUCACACCAGCUCAGUAAUGGACUCUACGUUUCGGGUCGACCGGAGCAGCUCAAGGACCGCCAACCCACAAUUGGGUCACGAGCAAUACCCUACACCGGCGGCGAUGUCAACAAGUCCGGCGAGCUCGGGAAAAUGUUCGACAUACCAGUUGCAGAACACCCCCCUCCGGUACUCAAGCCUCAUCGAGCUUCAUCUUCAUCUCAACAAAGCAGUGGAUCCCUUAGAUCCGGCCCUGUUUCUAAGAGAGCUUCCGGGUCUGGUCCGAUAGUGGCUCUCCAGCCAACCGGUUUAAUCACAUCCGGACAGCUUGAAUUGAGCGGCGGACGGAGGUCGGGUCAGCUGGAACCGACGGCGGCUGCAAUUUCGUCAGGGAAGACUGUAUACGGCUCUUCUGUGACGACGUUAGGGUAUGACGACGUGAGGUUAGGGUUUAGGAAGUUAAUGUGGGUGUUGUUGGUGAUGGCCGUGAUGGGUUUGAUGGUAGGGGCGUUUUUAACGGUGGCGGUGAAGAAGCCGGUGAUUCUUGUGGCGGCGGCGGCGGUUUUAGUUCCGGCAAUGAUAUUGAUACUGUGGAACUGUGUUUGGAAGAAGAGAGGAUUGUUAGCCUUUUUCCGAAAAUACCCCAACGCUGAGCUAAGAGGCGCCAUUGAUGGUCAAUUCGUCAAGGUCACAGGGAUUGUGACUUGUGGUAGCAUUCCUCUUGAAUCAUCUUUUCAAAAAGUAGCGAGGUGUGUCUAUGUUUCCACAGACUUGUACGAAUACAACGGAUUUGGGGGGAAAUCGUCCAAUGCUAAGCACCGUUGCUUCUCCUGGGGGUGCACCAAUUCCGAGAAAUAUGUGGCUGAUUUUUACAUAUCGGACUUCCAAUCGGGGUUAAGGGCUCUGGUGAAAGCUGGAUAUGGAGCUAAAGUAGCUCCGUUUGUUAAAGAAACAACGGUUGUAGAUAUAAGCAAAGAAAACCGAGAGCUAUCUCCAACUUUUCUUCGCUGGCUUGCAGACCGCAGCCUUUCAAGUGAUGAUCGUGUUAUGCGCCUCAAAGAAGGGUACAUCAAAGAGGGUAGUACUGUUAGCGUGAUGGGUGUUGUCAGGCGGCACGAGAAUGUGCUCAUGAUCGUUCCACCAACUGAGCCCAUGUCAACUGGCUGCCGGUGGGGUUGUGGUCUUCUCCCAACCUAUGUCGAAGGCCUCGUUUUAACUUGCGACGAAAAUCAAAACGCUGAUGUCAUACCCGUGUAGAUUAUAUGCCGAUCGAUCAUCAAAUUGCUGCAACGCCCUCACAUCCGGCGACAAUUCUGUCCACAGGUUUGCGGACUAUUUAUGUAUAGAAGUUGCCGAUGUACCGUAGUGCAUUGCAGUCGUCCUUGAGUCGACAAAUGGGCGUAAGGGUAUUUUGGGUAUUUCCUUGUUUCGAUAACUCGAAUAGGUAUGUAAAUGAUGCCUAAAGGUUUGAGUUGCACACUUGUGCUAGAUGUAGAUUGCAAUAUGGGUAUUUCUGCAUUAAAAAUUGUAUGAUAUAUACAUGUAUCUCGAUGCAUUGAUAGCUAUAAGAAGAGGCGGAUUCAGGGAUUUUGGUAAUAGGGCCUAAAGUUGUAGUUUUUAAAUUUGAGGGUCAAAUUUGUAAUAUAAAAAGAUCAAAUUUCUACC